AUGGAUUUCUUGAAAAAUCAGCGUUUAGGUAUGAGAUCCGUUUCGCUCGCCGGGUCAAUGCGCGACGGAAUCCAGAACGACUACCUCGAUCGGGCCCGUGUACGCGUGCCCAGCGAACUGGUGCGCGCUCCGCGCGCACCGGUCGCGACGACGUCGUUGGAUCUCGCCGACACGUUUUCGCAGCCCGCCGCGCCACCGAUCUUUGACGAUGCGUCUUCCGCUGCAGACGACGUUUUGUCGUACCGGUCUUCGUCGCUGGGCCUUCCAGGCGGAAUGUCCGCCGCUGGCUUGUCUGCCGAGCUGCACCAGUCGAUGCACUCGGACAACGCGGCGCCGCGCGACGUUACCCACGAGCUGCCCGACGUUUUUGAGCGGGCAUUGGGAACAACAGACGGGUCUGGUGCGUCGGACAAACAGUUUUUCGUGCUCUCCGCCGCGGGGAAGCCCGUGUUCACGAUGCACGGGCAGGAAGAAUUGGUCAUGGGACUCAUGGGCAUCGUUCACACGGUUGUGAAUUAUUUCCGGAUUUCCGGCAGUUCUUUGAAUUCGCUGGUCACGUCGAUGGGGUCGUCGGGGCAGUCGACUGCACAGCGGUUUGUAUUUCUCGACAGGCCGCCGCUCCUUCUCAUGGCCAUGUCUGCGCGUGAAGAAUCGCAACACGACCUUGCACAGCAACUCGAUUUUCUGUAUUCGUACUUUGUCUCCAGCAUGAGUCGCAAACAACUGUCGCGAUUGUUUGCGCGUCGCGAAAAUUUCGACCUUCGCAGUUUUCUCAUGCCGGCAGAUUUCGACACUUUGCACCAUAUUUGCGACUCUAUCGCUAACUCGCUGCGGCCGGAGUUGCUUGUGGGCGCGCUCCGGUGUCUCCCGCUGCGCAAAUCCGUGCGACAGUCCCUGCAUACGCUCAUGCUUCGCCAGUUGCAAGACGCAGACCCAACGGACGUUCCGAAGGGUUGUCUCUUGUACGGGCUUAUUGUCGCUCCUGGCGGGCAACUUUGCUCUGUGUUACGACCGAAGGGACACACUUUACACACCACGGACCUUCAUCUGUUGUUCUCGCUCGUUUUUGACCGGUUCCAAAACUUGCAACCUGACCAGGAACUCUGGGUCCCUGUGUGUUUCCCGAAAUUCAAUUCCAGCGGGUUCUUACACUGCUACAUCAAGCUUUUACCCCGCCCUGGCGACGAUCUUGGUCAUGCGACCGCGCUUCCCGAUAUUGUCUCUGUCGGGUCUCACACCGCCAGCACUGCGGCUUCCCGCCAACCGUCCUUCGACGUGCCCAUGCCCAACGAAGAAGCUGCAAAAAGACCCAGAUGUGCACUUGUGUUGAUCAGCGCUCAGAAAGAGGGCUUUUUCGCCAUGAAAACGCUUGCACAAAACAUGCUCGCAGAUCUAGAGGCCCGCAAUUUACUCAAAUACUUGUACGUGUCCUGGGAUACUCCGUUCUCUAUGGCAAGUAUCCCGGCUCCACUCGUGAACCACUUCAUAUACAAAUCCAAGAGGCACGUCCAAUACUACGCGCCUCCCACUACUGCGUGGGUUAACCAAUUUAGCAACGAUUCAAGUUCCAGCACGAAUGCUGACUCGACGCAUGACGGCAUCAGCGUUAACACUAAAGAAAAUUAUUACAAAACUCUCAUGCGGUAUUACUCCCACAUCAGAGCCAACGCAGUGGCAGAAGACGGGAAACCCUUUAACAGAUCUACCAUAUCUUUUGUGAGAUGGACUACCGAGCCACAGACUGCCGAUACAAACGGAUUUGUCCACGGCCCUACCAUCGUCACUGGUGUCGCUUGGCUCACGUCCAGUUUCGAGCUUUAUCUCGUCUGCAAUAAUGGCGAAACUGAUCGCAAUGCGGUACUCGGAAGUGCUAAAAAUAUUGUCUCAUGGUGCCGAAGGAACGAAAGCAGGCUUUUCGUCCAUGAUGGCGCAGUGUUUUAA